AUCUCUGCACGACGAGCCUCAACUUCUUCUUCCUUACUCUCUGGCUCAGUGGCUCCAGAUGAGUUCGGGGCGAAGCCGUCGCCGCAAGACGCAGCCCAGAGCUCUUCGUUGGGCUUGAGCUGUUUCGUCCCCGCACAAGUCGCUACGCCAGAUAGGCUUUUGUGGCUAUUUUAAGCCACGACCAUGUCCGCCUUGAGAGAUGCAGCUCGUCGUCGACUGGAGCUCAAUCCUCUCACGACGUCCCUUGGCCUCGCCCCACAGGUUCACCAGACGCCCAAUUCGGCCAUCUCCUCGAAUGCUCUGAGUGCGCCGUUUGGGUACAAUCCCUCGACCUACACGCCAGUCAGCGCUGCGCGGCCCUACAAUCCUCAGCAAUGGCUGAACUCGCCGGCUGUUGCUUCAGAUGCUGGAACUCAUCAUUCCAUAGGGAGGGUUCAAGAUACAGAAGGUAUUUUGAACUAUCCCCUCUUCGUGACACCUGCCCCGCCGCCAUACUCUCCACCACGAAGUCAACGGGCGUCAAUGAUCUCUAAUGAAGAGGUCCUCUCUGGCAUAUCACCUGCUACUCGAGUCUCGCCUGCCAACCAAUACAGGUCAUCCCCCGAACCCGUGUCAAACCCCACAUUUCCCCCUCCGCCUCCUCAACGGACCCGUGCAGGCUCCAACGAUAGACCACCAUCCAUAUUUAACAUUUCUACAUUUCCCAGAAGGACAGCACAAGAGCCCGCACGGCUUUCCCCCCAGCCUAGCAGAGAAAAUCUCCCUCCCCCAGCUGUACGGUGGCCUAUCCCGACAUCUAUUGAAGCACCUUCCUCAUCUGAGGAAGACCAGCCAUCUAAUGCAGGUUCUCGCCCGCCAGCCUCGCGGAGAGCUGCAUCUACUGGGGCAAUCAGUACACCCUCAUCCUCACGGUCACGGGGCUCUUCAACAACACGAUGGGAACCAGGAAUGCCACUACCUCCCCCUCCGCCAGGCCCACCCCCACAAUCAAGAUCUCAGAGCAUGACCCGGACGAACGAUCAUCUGGUAUCGCCGCCAACCAGAAGGCCUCCUCAUUUACUUUCAACUUUAGGUCCAGUUCCACCAACUCCUGCUGGUUGGGUCGACGGUCACGAGGACAUGUCGAUUCGAGGAAGGUCACCUAACAAAGGACUUCAUAUCGAUACGUCAACUGCCUCUUCGAGCACAGUUACUUCUGACUUGGCCAACUCUGGAUCUAGCUCUUCGGGUUUGGCAAGAGCCCAUGCGGUCCGAGGCGAGCCGAAGAGCAUUCGGGAAAGAAGGACGGAAAGCAAGACGAGGAGAAGUGCAGUUGCCCUGGAAGAGCCGUCAAAUAACCCCUGGGCUGAGGCUAUUACUCCUUCAGAUAUUGUUGUCCCUUCCACUAUACUCAGCCGCCGACCAACUAUUACGAAAUCGACGCCCAGAAGUGCAAGGUCCAAUCAGGUCGAGACGCCGCAGUCUGGAGAUAUCUCUCAGCACCCAACUCCCAUACAAGCAAGGAAAGACUCUAGCUCACGCGGAUCUACACCUCGUCCACCUCACUCGUCCAAUCGGCCUGAAGCUCCAACGCCACCAUUCUCCCCGGCACAGCUAAAAGCUGCUCUCAGUGAAAGUUCACCUGCAAUACCCCCUAAAGCUCUGCCAACGCCUCCUCAGAGUCGGAUGUCACUCGGUUCUCCUGGCCGCCCUCCCCUAAGCCAGUUGUAUAUCCUCAACAACGAGUCAAUAGGAGGACCCCCGCCACUAGUCCCAUCCAGACCCGGAUCACGUCAAUCUGGCACGAGCCUAAUCUCCCAGGUUUCUCCAACGGAGCAGUUCGCUCGUAAUGCUAUUGAGCGGCAUAAAACCUUUGCACAGAAGGAAGCUGCUGCUACGACUGACAGCGAACGAGUUCGCAUAUUUGCUGACUUUAUUGUCACCGAGUCCCGCAUCCGGAGAGACAAAUAUGCUGGUGCUAUCGAUGCAAUGGGAUCCGAGAUUUUGGAGCUGACUCGUGACCUGUUUCGACCUUACAACCAGCCUCGUAGGGAAUCAAGUGUAUCACGCUCAAGUGGCUGGACUCCUGACUCGUCAAUUGGACCCAAAUCUCCUGGAAUACCUGGACAGAGAUCUCAUCGGGGUUCUUUGACAGCAGCUUUGCAUGAGCAGCCACAAUUCAACACUGAGCGGUCUUCCAGCUCUGGUCCAGCAUCGCCGGCACUCGCACGGCCCGAUUCUACAUGGUGGUCUGGCUACAUGCCAUCUCUGUCGCCGAUCCCAAGCAUGAGCGUGAGUGAAGCACUUGAUGGGUCGGAUUCCAGGGGCAGGCCAUCAAGCAGAUGGUGGGAGGUCAGCCAGGAAGGACGCUCAGACGGCGCCGGUUCACAGAGGUUAGAACGAUCCAAGCGCGAGUCCAAAUACAUGGGCAUGCCACGAGAAUUGCGAGAAGCGUUGCAGUACGAGAAUGGGGAUCCACAGACUAAUGGAAAUAUGACGAGCCCCGACGCAGCUGGACCAAGCCAAAAGCAUGUUUACGGGCCGAACGAAUACCCCCCAGAGAAAGUUGGGCUACAUGAACAAGAUGUAUCGUCUCCAGCACUGCAACAAACUCCUUCGAAGUCUCAAACCCCAUAUCCAGCGACCCCCAUUACUCCAAAUCCAAAUCAUCUAGAUGUGUCACGCCUCGUCACCCUUCCCCCACCUUAUCCCCGUCACCACCCGGCAGUCAAUAACAAUCAUCCCGACCUUACCUCUAUUCGCACCAUCGUCCGUGUUCUCUCUGACUUUACCGAAGUUGAAGCUACCAAAUCCCACUUCCGAAAUACCAGUCUGCAAAUUCAAGACGAUCUAGCAACCGAAGCCUCCAAACGCCGGAACUCUCUGCGCUUGAACAUCCAACGAGAAAUCGAGUCGGGGAAGAUAUCCUUCGCGGAGGCUGCAAAAAUUGAGGCAACUGCUGUAACUGCUGCCCAAGAAAAGGAGAAGGAAGCUUGCAAGGUCGAUUUUGAGCUCUUCCAGAAAGAGGUCGUCAUCCCGCUCAAUGACCUACUCAUGGACCGAGUGGCUCGCUCAACAGAACUUUUCACUACGUUACGGAGUCAACUCUUCGUUGACGCACAGGAGCAAAGCCCCAACCUGACGCAAGAGGAAGGCGACGAGCAACCCGAGCUUCUCGAAAAAUUAACCCUGCUCAAAUGGAUAUUCGAAGCUCGCGAGCAGCUCCACCGAGAGCUUUUUGAUCUGUUGUCCGACAGAAACAACCGAUACAGAGACAUGGUCAUCACACCCUACCGCCUCGCAAAGAACGAAGAGAAAAUCCGCAACGCCGAGACAUUCUUCACAGAAGACGCAUCGAAACGAAAACUCGCCUUCGAGCAGGAAGUCCUAAAACGCACAGAAGAAUUCAUGGACAUCAUCGAAGAGAACGUCAAGCGCGGCGUCGAAGUCCAACUCUCAGCAUUCUGGGACAUCGCACCCUCACUCUCACGCAUCACGGAGCAGAUCCCGAAAGAUUUAACGAACUUCAAGAUCCAGAUUCCGGCGUCAGAAUACGAGGAGAAUCCAAGCUAUCAAGUCUUCCCGAUGCAGUAUUUGCAAAGCCUGCUAGAGCACUGCGAGAAGAGCACGUAUCAAUUUAUUGAGAGCCAAACGAAUUUACUGUGCUUACUGCAUGAAGUAAAGAGCGGGGUCACGCUGGCGAAUUGCAGAUUGAUGCGCACGCAGCGGAUUGUGCAGGGGGAAGAUGAGAAGGAGGUAGUCCGGGAGCUGAAGGAGGUGGAGAAUGACGAGGAGGUUAGACUUACAGAUGAUUUGAAGGAGCGUGUUAGAUGCGUCGAAGAGCAGUGGAGCUCCUCCCUUGGCAACGAGCUCAAGAGCCUCCGAGACAGAGUCAUGGGGUUCUUGAUGGAGCAGGGAGGCUGGGAUGAAGAUGAGUGAUCAGUGAGAGACGAAAUAUCACAUCGCUGAUGAUAGAGGUGGAACAAGGAAUUCUUUCGAUGUAUUUAAAUUGAUACCAAGGGGAGAUGUGGAGGGUUCCAGGUGGUGUUGGAUU